UUUUUUAUUUUUUUUUUUAUUUCAUUGUUUUAAAUAUACCAGAGUUCUUGCAUGUAAACGUUUUUUCCCUUCCUUUUCCUUCUAUUUGUAGAAUGAGUGUGCAACUUAUAAAUGACGAGAACGUCAGAAGUGAUUUAACAGCAGAGUCUUGUGACUUCCUGCUCAUUGCUCCUCAGCCUACCGGGAGGCCCUCUAUUCUCCGUCCAUCACAGAAAGAUAAUCUGCCACCGAAAGAUGCUGCAAAGAGCAUUAAGGUAUCUACCUCUCAUUUAAGUGGUCUUGUGCUUAUUUCUUUUUCUGUCUCUGUAUACAUUCCUCUACUUCCUGUGAGCUGUGAGUUUAUUAAAGUUCAUACUUGCAUCUGACUUUGUGAUUUUAGUCGACUUAACAGUUUGAUACUGGGUUAUCUGAAUGCUGUGGAUUUCUACUCAGACCACGUUGCAUAUCUGAACAUUUCUGAUUAUAUAAUAUUUAUUAUUGUGUUCUUAUUUUUGAUCAUUUCUCUUCACUCCGUUAGGUAACAUUUCAGACUCCGAUGAGAGAUCCACAGACUCGCAAGAUUGUUACUUCCAGCAUUGAAGGCAAGGUGGAGACAGUUACACUGGAGGACUGCACACAAGCUUUGCAGAAGCUUCACCUGUCCGUCACUGAUGCAAAUUGGUAAGUAUCACUCUUGCCUGCGUUGAUUGAGGUUAACCAUGGAAUGUUAUAAUUCUUUAGGAACUUGUGUUUGGGACACUGGUAACAUAAACCGUUUUUAUCAGUAGCACAAAAAGUUGUCUGAAAUGAAAAGGUUUAGUUUACAUUGCAGAUGUAUCUAACUUCCACUCUGGCACCAGCAUUACAGUUAAUCUGAAAAGAUUUUUCAGAUUUUAGCCUAAAUCCAUUUUUGUGUUUAAAUCCUUUUAACUCUUUAUGUGCCAGAUGGGUAUGAACUUAUUUGAUGGUCCUUUUCUUGCAUUCUAACACAGUCCAAAAUCUGUCUUCCAUUGUGUCAGCAGAAAGAUUGGUUGGGAAAUGUCUAUUGUCCUAGACUAUCCCUUCCUGGAAACAAAUCAUUUAACUCUUUCAAGAUUUAGUCAUUCUAACAUGUAGCUCCUUUAACUCUAUAUAAUCUGUUGGUCUCGAAGUGUUAUAUACAUCACAAAUCUUUAGAGGAGACCAGAUACAGUUUGCACUCUAACAAAGGCAUAUGCAGCAACAUUGACCUGUAUAAAAUAACUUGGCAGGGUGUUGUGAAAACUAAAAUAUAUUUAAAGAAUUACAAUUUAUUGGUUUAUUCAAAUGGCACAGUCGCCAAAGUUUUUGUGCAUCUGACUAGGGAUCAACCUAUUUAUUUUUUAGAGCCAGUAACGAUAAUCUGUGAACUUUCAGGCUGAUAGCUUAACGAUAUUCUGUACAUUUACUUGCAGUGUGACUAUGUGCGGUAGGAACUCCCCACCCCUUAACUGUCUUAGUUUCCCCCCCAUUCCCCUGUUACUCUCACUUCUUUUAGUGGUCCCUCCCCUGUACCUUAAUGUUCCCCUCUCCCCCUGGUGGUGUUGUGCCCUUCUCUCCCCACCAUGGUCCCUGGUGUGUCUCCUGGUAGCAUGGCUGAGCGGAGCAAUGCGCAACGUGGUACAUGAGAUUCAGUCUCCAGUACCCGGCCGGACUGACAGGAAGUGCUCUCAGUGAGCACUUCCUUUCCAUUCGGCUGGGUGCAGGAAACAUAAGUUCCUGUACCUUUUUGGUUUUGGCACUUUUAUAAUACUCUAUACACUAAAGUAUGGGUUGGUUGAUUUAUUUAUUUUUACCUCUUUGCAGCACUUCAAAUCCAGAAGAUCACAGUAUGAAAUGUGAUCAAACCGCUCUCCCAGAUGAUAUACCAGUUAAAAGCAUGGGUGCAUAUAAUAUUGAUUUUGACAAACUGGAUGAGAUGAAUCCAUUCAAGAGCACUACUCGGAUGCAGAAUUCACCUGUAAAAUCCGAAUGCAGUUUUAUCAAAGAUGUUGCCUGUUACCCUGAUUCUUCUUGUUUGGAGGAUAAAACCCUGUCUGAAUCAGCUGCAGGGGAUGCAGGAAAACAAGAUUCAUUUGUGAAAUCUUUAAGCACUUCUCCAACACAUGUGGAAUCCCCAGUAACUGUUCGUCUAGACAAUGAAAGCUUCAACACCUCUGGAAAAAGCACAUUAGAAGACACACUUCCUUUAUCAACCAGAGAUUCUAAUUCUUCUCUCACAGUAUCAAAUGAAGGAACCACCAGUAACAUUGACAAGGUGACUGGAUCUGAUCUGGAUGUCUGUCCCACAAAGGACAGUGCAGUUGAUGCUGUAAGUGUCAACCCAAAUACUGAAUCUAUAGAAUUAGAGGUUCCAAGUUCUCCACCUCUUCCCAAAUCCUCCUACAAAUUUGACCCAGAACAAAUAGACAUGAUUGAUCCAUUUAAUACUGGAGGCUCGAAACUGAAAGAGUCACCUGUAAAAUCUGCUCCGGGAGAUGCAAGUGACGACAAUGCUGGACCAGUGAAGUUGGAAUUUAAUUUUGGUGAAGGUGAUCCUCCUGUCAAAAAGCCUCCACCGAGGAAACUUGGUAAACGACCUACUCUUAGUUCUUCCAAAAAACAGUCUGGGAAUGUAGAAAAAACAGCUGAAAAACCAAAGGUUAAAGCUGUUGAGAAACCAUUGGAAGAGGAAGUUAUUGUGCCAAAGGCAGCUUACAACUUUGAUUGGGAGAAGUUUGAUGAUCCCAGUUUUAAUCCUUUUGCCUCUGGAGGUUCAAAGAUUUGCACCACUCUUACAACCUCAACUGUCAAAAAUGACUUGACACCAAGUAAAGAAGACAGUCAUCCAAAGGUGGAAUGCCAAGAUUCAGACAUGGUGCAAAGUGACAAACUUGUAAUGGAUCAAGCCCAAGCUAACGAUCUAAAUGAGACCGGGUAAGUUGUUUCAUCCUGUCCUCUUUUAAGAACUACUGAUUUUAAAGAGCUGUUUCCCAAAAAAGUGUACACCACUUAUUGUAUAAUGUUGCAGUGUUGAAUAAUUAACACUCCAGGAUGGUACAGGGUCUUUUAAAGACCAGUGACACUCCAUGCCUUCAUCCCAGGGUCAUGCUCUACAGAACUGAACUAAUCAUUUAAGCAGUGAUCUUAUCUUUCUCUGAUGUUAAUGGUUCCCUAAUAUCAAUAUUUUUAGGUUUCAAGUUACUGGUAGCGGGCUUAAACAUAUAUAACAUGUGAUCUGUCAGUUUUUUUUUUUUUUCUUUCUGAACAAUCUUAGGAAACCUUUUUUCUUAAAGAGACACUAAAUCACCAGAACCACUAUAGCUUAUUUUAUUUCUUCUGGUGAGUAUAUUCAGGCUUUUUGCAGUAAACUCUGUAUUUUCAGAGAAAAUGCAGUGUUUACAUUAAAGCCUAGGGAUAUCUCCAAUGGCUUCUAGAGGUGCUUUCUGGGGCAGUGUGACUGACAUUCAGUGUCUCCACCCUCUGCAUGGAGACACUGAAUUUUCUUCAUAGAGAUUCAAUGCAUCGCUGAGGAGAUGCUGAUUUGGCCAGGACUGUGCUGGCUUUACUUUGGACCUACCUCCUUGACAAGCUCAGCCAAUCCAAUGCUUUCCUCUGGGAAAGCAUUGUGGUUGGCUCAGGUCAUCACUUCUGAUGUCAGCCAAGGAAGCAGAUCCGGGACAAAGCCAGCAGCAGACAGGAAUAAAGGUUAGAUUUGACUAUAUUUAGGUGGACCGGCGGUAGAUGGUGGUUUUAACGCUAUAUAGGGUCAGGAAUACAUGUUUGUGUUCCUUUAAAACUUGAUCAUGCUUAUCUCAUAUUUAAUUACAUACAGGAGGCUAUUAACACAUAAGGAAUUCUAAAUCAAACAAAACUUACAUUAAAGGAAGUGUAAACAUUAUGACUCUUCUUACAGUAAGUGAAUAGGGCUGCAUAAACCAUGUGAUUUAACUCCUAAAUGGCAGAGGAUUAAGCAGUGAGACUGCAGGGGCAUUAUCUAUGCAUUAAAACUGCUUCAUCACACUUUUGAUAGACCUAUCCUUUGUGUCUUAUACAAUUUUAUGUGUUUGCAUUUAUAGGGACAUUAUAGUCACCAGAACAACUACAGCUUAUUACAUUUGUUCUGGUGAGUAUAAUCAUUCCCUUCAGGCCUUUUGCUGUAAACACUGUCUUUUCAGAGAAAAUGCAGUGUUUACCUUACAGCCUAGUGAUAACUUCACUGGCCACUCCUCAGAUGGCUGUUAGAGAUCCUUCCUGGGUCAUGGCUGCCUAAAAUGCAUCCAAACAUUCAGUGUCUCCUCCCUCUGCAAGCAGACACUGAACUUUCCUCAUAGAGAUACAUUGAUUCAAUUCAUCUCUAUGAGGAGAUGCUGAUUGGCCAGGGCUGUUUGAAUCAUGCUGGCUCUGCCCCUGAUCUGCCUCUUUGUCAGUUUCAGCCAAUCCUAUGUGGAGGAAUUGUAAUUGGAUCAGGCUACCACUUCUGCUAAUGUCAGUGGGCAGGUCUAAAGGAAACAGAGACCAAGUAACAUUUUACUAUAUUUAGGGAGGCACGAGGGGGCUAGAUGGUGGGUUUUAAACCUAUAGGGUCAGGAAUACUUGUUUAUGUUCCCGUCCCUAUAGUGCUCCUUUAAAUUGCCCCCAAAUUGUUUGCCAGCUGUGGCUAGAUCGGUCUGUGCCAGACUCUCUACUUAUGUGGCAAAUCAGCAGUUGGACCCCCUACCCUGGGCUCUGCCAAACAGCCAUUCACGUUUUCCAAGUGAAUGACCCCAUGCCAAAGUGACUGGUAGUUUUACAUAACUUGUUUGUAAUAGUGGGAGUCAAACCUUGGGCGUCCUGUUUACCUAAUUAAUAUGACCAGCUGUCAGAGCAAUUUGUAGCCUUGGUUCAUGCAACAGGGCUUGAUGCACUUCCUGUAAUUGGUGCACACACAAAGAUCUGGCUGGGCUAUGGCGGUGAUUGGCUCCCAGGCUGUGUGAUCACUCCUGGCAGCCAAUCCCAUUGAUUACCGGAGAAUGCUCAGGCAAUGCAAACACACUGAUAAGCUCUCACUGUGGGCUAUCAGCCUGGGAUCCAACUCUAGGAUGUUUGCUUUAAGUAGUUGGUCCCACUGGACUAUUAAAAUAUUAUGUAAUGUGGAGGGAGGAAUUGCUGCUAAAUCUGCCAGAAACUGGUGGUGGAAUGCCCUAUUGCUUCAACUGUUGAUUCUCUGGCAAAGAGCGCAGGGAGCAGCACCUGACAGACUCCACUUGUGAAACUAUUACAAAACAUCUUGACUCUAUACAUUGGCAUGUCAGGGCACUGCUUGCACUAUAACCACUAUGGGGUGUCUGAUAUUUUGCCCCAGAAAUGCUAUGGGUCCCUAAACUGUCAAAAGUGCAAGUCUGUAUGCUAAAAUUGCAAGAUUUGUAAAAAUUUGUAUUUUUUUUUAUUUUUUUUAUUUUUUUUUACUUCAAAUAUCUGGAAAAGGUAUACAUGGUGGAGGUUAAGUAGCAGGAGACUAUAUUGGAUUUUUACAGGAUUGUGGUUUUCCUAAUUGGGGGGGGGGGUCACUAACUUUAACCCCUUAGUGACCAGACCGUUUGUCCAUUUUCUUACCGUUAAGGACCAGGGCUCUUUUUACAUUUCUGCGGUGUUUGAGUUGUCCUUUUGUUCAUUUACUAUACACACAUUAUUAUAUACAGGGUGUUUUUUGACAAUAAAUGGUCUUUAAUCAUAUAUAAUUUACUAUAAAUAAAAUAUGAUGAGGGGGGGGGGGAAAUUUGAAACCACACUUUUUCUAACUUUGACCCUCAAAAUCUGUUGCACAUCUACACCUGCCAAAAAACACCUGUUUCUAAAUUUUUGUCCUGAGUUUAGAAAUACCCAAUGUUAAAGGGACACUAUAGUCACCUGAAUAACUUUUAGCUUAAUGAAGCAGUUUUAGUGUAUAGAACAUGCCCCUGCAGCCUCACUGCUCAAUCCUCUGCCAUUUAGGAGUUAAAUCCCUUUGUUUAUGAACCCUAGUCACACCUCCCUGCAUGUGACUUGCACAGCCAUCCAUAAACACUUCCUGUAAAGAGAGCCCUGUUUAGGCUUUCUUUAUUGCAAGUUCUGUUUAAUUAAGAUUUUCUUAUCCCCUGCUAUGUUAAUAGCUUUCUAGACCCUGCAAGAGCCUCCUGUAUGGGAUUAAAGUUCAAUUUAGAGAUUGAGAUACAAUUAUUUAAGGUAAAUUACAUCUGUUUGAAAGUGAAACCAGUUUUUUUUCAUGCAGGCUCUGUCAAUCAUAGCCAGGGGAGGUGUGGCUAGUGCUGCAUAAACAGAAACAAAGUGAUUUAACUCCUAAAUGACAGGGGAAUGAUCUAUACACUAAAACUGCUUCAUUUAGCAAAAGUAAUUUAGGUGACUAUAGUGUUCUUUUAACAUUGGGUAUUUCUAUAGUCACCUAAAUUACUUUUAGCUAAAAAGCCUUCAUUGUGGUGCAUCCCUAAUGUUAAAAUGUUCGUGUUUUUUAAAGUAGACACCUAUAUUUAUUACCUUGCUAUGUCCAGUCUAUUUAGUAACCACUUAGUCAUAAACACUGGCAAAGUUAGCAUUUAUAUUUGUGUGUUUUUUUUUUUUUUUUUAAAAAAGGGGGAAAAAAAUUAUGAACGGUAACUUUGGCCAGGGUUUGUGACUUGGACUGCAAAAUGGUAUGCCAUCAUAGGUGUAAUUAUCAUUCCUGGGCUACCAUACGCUCUCAAAGGCAACGUAACCAACCUGGCCAUUUUCAAUGUGAGAACUGAAAAUCAAGCCUUAUGUUUGACCCUGUACCUCUCAAAAACACUAUAAAAUCUGUAAAUGGAUACAAAGUGGAUAGCGCACUUAAAACUGCAAAAUGAUAGUGUCUGUCCCUUCAGAAAUAUUGUGGGGGGGGGAAACCUGGCUUUUAUUCAGGCAUCUGCCAAAAAAAAAUCAACGUUUCAGUUCUCUGAUGGAACGUUGGCAGGAUACAGUGCAAUACAAACACCAAUGCUUAAAUAACAUACAAACACAUUAACAAAAUCACAUUAACAUGAGUGCAUUGUAUACAACCUGUACUUACAAUUAACCCCUAGUCUGCUUACAGCUGUAGCGAAAAAAAAGGCAGGUAAAAUCAACCCUCUCAAAAGAAAACCACUGGUUCAGAGGUGAGGUAUGAUUGCGUUCCACAAGUCGUCAUAGAGACAGUUGGAACGCAUGGGGGCGUGAUAUACAAACCGCCGAUCUCAUUAGUGUGUUUAGAGAAGCUCCGCCCAAAUGGGAUGUGGCGAGCAAAGUGUCACAAAGUACCCAGAGUAGGCAGACUAGUUGGAACAGAAAGGUCUCAUACCCCAAUAACUAUGGGGUUGAGGGGGCUUAGUGUAGAGCAUAAAGCUGCGUAAUCAGUCAAGGCAGUAGGAAGCCGAUCUCACAGUAUAAGGGAGAUGGCCGGGUAGAGUAAAGCCGAGCUGCAGGAUGCAGUGCCUUAGAGGGAUAUACCCAAUUAAGCAAAAAAAAUAAAUGAUCUACUGAUCAGCUGGAGCAAGCAAAGGGUCUGAGACAGUUGCGUGUUUAAUUAAAAUUUUUAUUUAUUUAUUUUUUCCUCUUGCUUCUGCUGCUCCAAAGGCUAAUGUCAUUCACCCACCAUCAGGAGUCCAGAGGGACACAAGCAAGAGCCCAAUGUGAAAUGGUACCGGGUACUCCUAGUAUCCUAACUAAUACCAUGUGCUGUAUGACGCUUACAGUAACAAUCUAAUGUGAAAUCUUUCAUGAUUGCCAGGUUUUAGACACUCAUUCUUGGUGCCCCACUGAAUCAGUAGAACGGGGUACAUGUAAUGCAGUAACUGAUAUAUCUAUCUCUCCAUCUCCAUGAUGUCGUGAUAAUGAGAUGUGUCAAAAUGUCUCUUUCCCAUGGACUGCAAACAAGCAGAGUUCUCCACAUUCUGCAUUGUAGAGGAUGCUCGCUCGCUCCCUUGACUUAUUCAGUACUCACCCUCGUACCUCCUAUUGCCCUUAUCACUACCCGAUAUACAGAGUUUGGGUGGAAAAGGUUAACACUGUUCCCAGCUCUAUCAAAUCAGGCAGCAGUGUGUACCUUGUCAGUGCUUCCCGUUUCUCAUAUUACCCAAAUGCUGUCUCUUGAGACAUGUAGAGACAACUUGGGAUGUGAUUGAGUGGUGGCAGACUGUCAAUUACCCUUGUGUAAAUAUUUUGUGAGAAGUUUGGCUGAAGUGUGUGUGUGUGUGUGUGUGUAUUGCAUCUCUGAUCCCCACAUGGCUAACUGUUGUGGUAAUCCUGUAUCUAGAAUGCCUAACAGUUUUUAAAUCUAUAUUUUAUCUGUCUGUCUUUCUUUCUUUUUAGGCUUGUUGAGACCCCCCAGUCUGAAGCAGAAUCUAUAGUUCUAUGCAAUUCAGACACCGGUAUUCAAAAUGAAACAAAGGUAAGUGUAUGUAUUAUAUAUAAAAAUUGACUUUGCUAUGCCAUGGUAGUGGUUAUGGUUCUAUAGAUUGGAGAGAGUGGUCAUUGUCACGCCAAGGGUGCGUAAUUCAUUGUUGCACAGUAGAAUAUUGCCACUUAAUGUAACUUGUGUAGUGCAUACAUGAAUUGGCCACUUCGUUGCAAGGUCAGAUGACAGAAGGGGUAAUGUAAAGGGUAUAGGAAUGUGAAAGGAGCUGAUGGUUUACAACAUUGAUCCUGUGAUUACUCGAAGGCUCUGUAAGGUGUGAGAAGUCACACAUAAGUGGCCUGGAAGUCUAGUUCCAAUGUGAAUGGACUACCUUCAGCCAUAUGGCCUGUACCUCUUAAUUGAGGAGUUAAUUUCUUUGAUAUGUUACUGAUCAUUAGCCUUGUGUUCCAGUAUCAUAUCCAUAAAGGGACACUAUAGUCCCCAUAACUACAGCUUAAUGUAGUUGUUCUAGUGAGUAUAAUCAUUGCCUUCAGGCAUUUUUAUGCAUGUGUUUAUUUUGCCCCAAGGGACACCUCCAAGUGGCCACUCAGAUGGCUACUGGAGGUUCUUCCUGGUUCAGUGCUGCACAGUAGGCAGCAGUGCAAUUCAGCGUCUCUCACCCCUUGCUGAUUUAAGCCAAUCUGAUUUUUAGUCCAUCCAAUGCUUUUCCCCAUGGGGAAAGCAUUGGAUUGGAUAAAAAUGGACAAUUCUGAUGUCACCAAGGGGGCAGAGCUAGCACUGGCAGACCCACUCGGCGCUGGAAAUAAGGGUUUUUAAUUCCUUUUAAAGGGGGCAAGCCACCUAAAUGGUGGGUUUAAACACUAGGGUCAGGAAUACAUGUUUGGGUUCCUGACCAUAGAGUGUUCCUUUAAUAUUUGCCCACAGAAUAGUUAAACCUUAUUUUUGUUAUAUUUUGAAUGUGACCAACAGUAGCUUCUAAUCAAGCCCAAACAUGAUUUGCAUAACUUAACCACCAUAGAGGAAGGGAUUGUGAUGUCUGCUAUAUUGGGUCAGGAGUAAGUAAGGAGUGUGACAUAUCUAUGGACUGGAACAAUGGUAUCAAAUUCAUAGAUGCAAUUAUUUCUGUGGCAAGUACAUAAGAGGAGAUAUAACCAAAUGUUUCAAUUUGGCUUGAGAGAGAGAGAGAGAGAGAGAGACUCGCUUACUUGGGGGCUAGAAUCUAAUUCUAAGUGAGUCACCACCUUUCUUACCAGAUUAGGACUACUGUUAUUUUAUCCCUUUUUGGUUUUAUCUGUUGGUGUAACUAAUUUGAUCAGUCAUCUAUAAAUUUUUUUUAAUUUUUUUUUUUUCUCAUAAUAUUCCUUAAAUUCUGCCUUUUGUCUGGUAAAAUAAAUCCUGUUUCCUGAAAAGACAGUUUUGCAAUUGCUUAAAUAUUGUGCGAUGUUAUUUAUUGGGUUUUCUUUUUAAGUUACUUGGGGGACCAAGGCACCCCAUUUAUAACCUGUCUUGGUGGUGGCAGCGUUAAGAUAGUAGUAUUUAUAUUCUGGUUAGGUGUGGUAUUUUCUUUCCGAUUUAUAGUGAACUUUUAACCUUUGCUCCACCACAACAACGUCAUGCACAUUCUUGGAAUAGAAUGCUUUCGUGACAGUCGUUUUUAUGAAAAACUGUCUUUGCCUUUGCUUCCUAGCAGGAACCCUCUACAGCCACACUUCUCAUGUGGUUGCUAUGCUUCCAUUAUAUUAGAGUAUAAAUCCAUGUAACUUUUGAUGAAAGAGCCUUCUGCUAAUGUUACUGUAUUUCUAUAAUUUUUUUUUCUUUCUAUAGUCAUGUUGCUUCUAAAUUGUCUGAAAUACGUGUCCUUAUUUUGAUGUAAACUUGACAAUAUGCUUUCAGGUGGCAGAAACUACUGUAAACCCAGUAAGUGAUGGCAAGGAAGUCUUGGUUCUGGAUGAAAAACCUUUACCAAAUGAGCCGGACUUUCCAAUCCCUAAAGAUGUGACCUUAAGCCCAAGUAACGACCCAGAACUAUUGGAUGCAGAAUUUAAGCCUGCUACAGAUCAUGAUUUUUUGAUGAUGGGGGAAAUGGAUUUUAAACCUGCUACAGAAUGUAAGCAUCUACAACAUAAACUGAGAUUAAAAUGUAAACUAUAUAAAAGAGGAUGCAAAGAAAGAGAGUGAGGGUAGUUUUAGUAAACUCAGAAUACCUGAAAAAAAUUCAAACUGGCAAAACCUCUGUAAAAAUAACCAAAUUCAGAGUAUAGUUGUGCUGGUAAACUUGGUGUGGUUUAUUUAUUUAUUUAUUUUUUCUCUUUCAAAAUCUGUUUUUGUUUUGGAGUUUAGUGUAAAAAGAGCUUCAUUUUCCUCUCUUCCACUAACUUUUAUAAGUGGUAGAAAAGAUCAACAUUUGAUUAUGAACAGGGAGCUAAGGUGAUGGCGCUAAAUGUGUUUUUCCUAUUUAAAAAGCGUUUUUAUUUAUCCAUUAAAAAACAAAACCAACUGCUUUACUAGAGGGUUCAAGUAAAAAUAAAUCCUGACAAAUUACUAUUCCCCCUUCUUAAGGUCAGUAGUGUAUAAUGCCAAUGUGAUUUUAAAUAAUGCCUUUGAUCAUUUUUUUUAUAUUUCUUUUUUUCUUUUUUAGUUUUUCCUUCUACAGCAGGCUUGGGUCAGUCAGCAGAAAUGGACUAUCUUGAAAGUUUUGGCUCUUCUACAGUAAGUUGUGUGUUUGCGGUGGUUUGGUGUUGUGUGGGUUUAUUUUGUCUGCUCCAGUGUCCAAGGCAUUUGUAGAGACUGUUCUCUCUUGCAUUAUUUAACUCUCCUUCCAUUAAGACCUUCUGCACUACAUGGACCCUGCAUUCACUUUGUAUUUCCUUUUGUUUUAGUUCAAGGAGUCUGCCCUCCGAAAGCAGUCUCUAUAUUUGAAAUUCGAUCCUUUGUUGAGGGAAUCUCCAAAGAAGACUGCUCCUGCUGGUGCUGAGUUCUGUAUCCAUGUACCCAUGAAGAACAGGUUGGUUAUGUUCUAGGAUUUUAUGCUACUUGCAGAUAACGGCAAUUAUUACAAUUUAAUGAUCAUCUUGUCAUUCCAGUUCAGAGCUGUUUCGGACCAUGUCAGAUGCAACCCUAUUCCCUAUUCCGUGUCAUGAAACAGAAGAAAAACCUGAAGGGCUGGAUCUCUUGGGGACAUAUACAGCUACAGUUAGUAUUCUAUUUUUAAUCUCAAUGGUACUAGUAUGCAUAAUCCCCCCCCCCCCCUGCAAAGCACACAAACCUACAGCAAUAGCAUAUCUAUGCCAUGCAUCUAUAAUGCUAUGAUUUUAUAUGGAAAGAAGUGUAAUUUAUUACCCAUACAUCACACCCUAACAGCCAAGUAAAUAUUGCUUUUAAAUAAAUGCGGUGAUCAUGCACAACACUGGGGUAGCAUGGUUUGACCAAAUCCAAAUGGCAGUGAGACUUUCACCACUUUUUAAAUCUAAAAUCCCAGCCGUGUUUCCAAAUCUGUUAACACUUGCCUGUUAUGGCAGGGUUUAUAUUGUUACUUGGCUUAUAAAAUCUUGUCUAAAAUUUUUAAUUUCUCCACAAAACAUAGUGAAAUUCCUUGCUCACUUAAAACCAUUGACCUACUAUUUCAUAUCUGUGUACAUAACCUCUUGAAAUUUUUGUUACCUUUGUACAUGGGGUAAGUUGCAUGUCCAGUUUACUUUUACAGAGCUGUGCUCUUCAAGGUUGUCCGUAAUCACAGUGCUUUGCUGUCAGUCUUCUCUCAUUGUUCUUAUUCAACUUCCUAUCCCACAUUGGUUACCAGAGCAGCCAUGCUGUGUUUAGAAUUGCUUCCUUUUCAGUACGGUGUCUUUUACUUGAUCAGAUGACCCUUCAAGCAGGUGUGCAGAAUCUAAAUAAAAAGAAAUGCUAUGAUUCCAAAGCUAAUAUGUGUUUUGUGGUUUUACAUAAUCUUGCAAAACUUAAUGUUUUAUAGAAUGGGGAAUCUACAUUUGACAUUUAAUAAAUGCAGGCUCUAAAUUGCCUUUGCCUUUUACUUUAAUUUUUCUUCCUAGAAUUCUGGUCCCUUAAUCCCAGAUCCGCCACUAGGUGCAUCGACCUCUGAUCCUUACCCCUUAAUUUCAGACUUGGGGUCAAUUGUUGAAGUCCUUAAGUACAGCCAGAAGGAUAUGGAUGCAGCUGUUGAUAAUGUGCGGUUGGAGGUGAGUAGUAAAACUGUCUAGUGCAUCUGUUUACCUACUGCUGUUUCUGCUAGACUUGUGCAAAAGAUUGUUUUGGCCGAUUCAUACUAAAAGCAUUAAUUUUAAUCCACUCCACCAAAUCUAUUUUGUUUGUAGAGUCUUUAUUGAUCUGGGGUGGAUUAACAAAAAUUUGAUUCGAUCAAAAUGAAACACACAUUGGUUUAACAUACAACUGUUCGCAUGUCCUUCAACUCUGAAUUGCAAAUAAUUGUAGUUCUUUGUCUUCAUUACUCAGGUUCAAGAAAAGGAGCUUGAGGUUGAGGAAUGGAAACAUAAACAUGAGAAACUGUAUCUGGAAUAUAUUGAGAUGGGGUAAGCUUUCCAAGUAUCUCAAUCAGUGUUCUCGCAAUGUAAAUGGCAGCACUACAGCCAGUGACUUAUCUGGGGCUAUGGCGUGGACACUUGGCAGCAGUACUGCAUGCCAAAUUUGUGUAGCUUGUGGUAGCUGGUUUGUGUCUAUGGUUUUUAUGUAAAGUUGUUUAUAAUAUGUUAUACCGCACUCUUGAUAUGAUGCAAAAAAGUAGUAUUUAUUUAGAUAGGUACUGUAAUCCUGUGUAUUCUUACAGUCCUCUGCCCAAAAGCAGAGCUGAUAUGUACCAAUAUUGUUCACUUGCACAAUUGCAUAAUCAAAAUGAUCUAUACAUGUUGGUACUAUUGACAUAUAAAACCGUGAUAAAAAAAUCCCUAUGGUCCCAAGUCACACAAUAUGCAAUAUAAUCUGUCAGUAAAACUAUAGUAUCUUGUUGGGCAGAUGCCUCUAAAAAUAUUGAAAAAAGUGUGAAAAUAAAUAUAAAGUGUGUGUGUGUGUGUGUGUGCGCGCGUGCUAAAAAGGCAAAAAAUAUAUCCAGAUCCUUGGAUAUAAAGGAAAUGCCUUAUUGGGCAGAUCUCACCCCCUUCUGUUCUGAAGGUGAACAAUAGAGGUACAUAUCUGCUCUGCUUUUGAGCACAGGACUGUAACAAUAUACAUGAUUACAGUACCUAUAGCUAAAUACUCUUAUAUUUUAUCUUUAAUUUUUUUAUAUAUAUAUUAUAUUAUAAUUUAUUUAGAGUGCGGUAUCGCAGAUUUAUCUAGGAUAUAUUUGUGGGCUACCUUGACACCAGCACCACUAUGGAUGGUAGUGCCAAUACAUAUGGAAAUGCUUUAUUUAUUUUCCCCCUCUUAUAGCAUUAUAGCAAAUGGUAAUCCUACUAUUCUCAUGAUGCUUAUCCACCUCCGGGAUGCCAAGAUUAGUAAUUAUAUUAAGCACUAUAUUUUUGUAUUUUUGAAAUGCAAACUGCACACACUUGAUAUUUGGAUCCACCCCUUGUGCCACACAGACUAGGGUUAUAUAACAUUGUUUCCAGUCACAAAAAAUAGAAAGUUCCAGGCACACUGGGUACAUCCAACGCAGAAUGAAUUGAAUACAAAAGCCAGUGUUUCAACUUAUUGAUUGGUUUAUAUAUCCUUUUUUUUUUUUUUCUUGAAAUUUAUAUGAUUUGUCUUUAUAUCAAUAUAGAAAUAAAACCCUAAACAUUAUGGCUCUCCAAGGCUGUCUGUGCAUUAAGUUCCUGAACAUUGAGUGGCAAGAUUUGCCAUCUCUGCAGUACGGUAAUAUAUGGUUACCCAAUCAGAGGUUGCUAAAGGUUCUGGGUAGAACCAAUUGCAAAACUGGGGAUGUGAGCUGCCCUUAAUUACCUUUUCAUAUUGACGUGACUCAGGUCCUGUAACUCACAAUGUGUGCAGCCUGCUGGUAAUCUUGGCAAUCUUUGCAUUGGUUUUAUUUUAAUUUUUUAUAACUGAUUAGUAUUAGCAAAUUGCUUUUAUUUAUACCAAUCCUGCUUUAAUGCAUUGGAAAGUAAUUGGUUGUAAUUUCUUCCAGGAAAAUAAUUGCUGAAUUUGAAACCACAAUAACACAGAUACUGGGUAAGUUUAAAGUAUAUGCGCUUAUCGCAAUAUUAAUUGCCAAACCUUUAUACCUGCAUGUAACGUUUACAAUGUGCUAUGUAGGAAAAUACUUGGGCUGUACCACUGAGUCCACUAUCAACUGCUUGGUUUGCAGUUCUCUUACAAACUGAUAAAUCACGCUGCAAGCAGACCUGCUAAUAGCAAUAGACUUUCUUUCAUGUAACCUGUCCAACCGGAAGUAUUGGACACACUGCAAGGGAUAACCUAACCGGGAAGGCUAGAUUCUAGUUAAUUUUAUUUGAGUGAAGGGUUCUUCAUCAUGUGCAACGCUGCCUAGAGAUGUAUGAGUAGAAGUACCCUCUCUUAUUCUUGUAGAUUCACAUGUUAAUAUCCAUGGUGUGUUGGCAAACCCAAAGCUCUUGAAAGAUAAAAGGUCCAAAGAAGAAGCUGCUUCAACAUGUAGUGAUUCUGUUGAUGAGUGCCCCCCUUUUUUUUGUUUUGUUACUCAAAACCUAAAAUAGUCCCAAUGUUAGAUGGAUUAAGUUCUCCCUGCAGCUACUUUCACACAUCACUGCUCAUUUUGCUCUACAAUCAAACUCUUCAAAGACCUGUAUUGCUGGAUGCUGUAUGUCACUGAUGGAUAGAAUCGAAUGCCUCUCAAUCAGACCUAUUGAACACUAUGCAGUGUAUAUUCGCAGGCAGCGCGCCAAGUAGCCGCUCAUCUCCCUGCUAAUCCCUGACCAUUUCAAUAGGUUCAACUGUGCGCACACGUUCUUAAAGAGUUCACAUCGCUGGCUUGGUCAAGUGGCUGAUUAUAUUUGUCACCAGCUUGCUAUGCACAUGGUUAACAUUUAGAAGUCUGGAACAGCGUUCUAAACUUACUGUAUUUUGCUGCCAGUGUAACCAUACCUCCAGCAGCUGUGAUGCUAACCUUUGUAUUGGCAGCAUUUCCUUAUUUCCCUACACUUAUCGACUCCUUGCACCAUGACAACUUCUGCAUGCAGAAGUGGCAAUGGUGUUUGGUGCAACUCUUUAACUUGUGUUUAAAUAUUUUAUUGUAGUCUGCAUACAGUAACAAAAGGUUCUGUAUAACUCUUUAAUUUGAAAGACUAUAACAGACCAAAAUAUUAAGGUGUUUUUAUUUUUUUUUAUUUUUUUAUUUAUUUAUUUAUUUUUUUAGAGGAUUCUCAGAGACAAAAAGAAUUGACAAAGCAAGAAUUACAAAAAGUCUUGGAAGAGAAGCAACAAGUACAGAUGGACUUAAAUUCUAUGGAAAAGUCUUUUUCUGACCUUUUCAAAAGAUUUGAGAAGCAGAAAGAAAUAAUUGAUGGCUAUCGCAAGGUAAUACUCUUAUUUCUAUUUUUUCCUCCAUUCUUCCCAUCAAGGUAAGAUCAUUAAACAACUGACUGGGCAACCAUUAAGGAGACUAUCUUUAGGUAACCAUUUAUUUUUUCCUUGGUGUAAAACCCUGUGCUAGUUUUAUUUGCUGCACCAGUAUGCACAGAUCUUUGCUUCAGAGGGUGCAAACUGCUUUGUACUUGACAGCCCAUAGAGGCAUUUCUGCUGCACUGACCAAGUAAAGCCUGCGUGUAAUUAUGGACCGCGCACUCUAUCAUUAGGAAUACAGGUUUGUAUUACUAGUGCUUUUAUUAAAUGGUGAGCAAAGCUUGCACCAUUAUAACUGUUAAAUAUUGUUAUGUAAAAGCAAAGAAACACACGGAGCGCAGAAAAUAAACAAUACAACAAAUUAAAAUAUAUUAAAGAAAAUACUAAAGCAGCUUAACAUCGAAAGGGACUCUCCAAGUUCAAAACCAUUAGAAUAUACAGUGUCCGCGCUUAGUGAAUACUCCACCCUGAGUCAAUCUGGGGUAUCACUAAUAUUUGUAUAGCCUUAUAUGUUGGGGAAUUCUAACUCAUUGAGUCAACAUCUGAAUUAAUGUUGACUAGUUCAGGGAUGUCCGGUAUAUCAUGCCAGUCAAAUGUAUCCAAUAAAUGUAAAUGCGAGGUACCUUAUAAGGUAUACAAAAAAGCGCACAUGGUGUAAUAUUGCAGUUUAUUUCCAGCAAUAACACAUUUCCCCAUGUAGAACACUUAUAUAAAUAAAUGUGGUAUAGUUUCUAAAAACCACAGCAUCAGCCUCGCUACAAUAGCGUUAUUGGUAGGUUACAGCUCCAUGCGUUGGUAUCCCCAUUGAAGCCGAGAUGGCAAACACCGAAACUCGGAGGAACUCUCAGACCACAAACUGCUGCUAUAACCUGGAGCUUCGAAGAAGGCCGCUCGCGAUAUCAAUGCUGUGACGUUACGGCCCUGGCAUCUGUUGCCAAAGGCUUAAAGGAACACUAUAGUCACCUAAAUUACUUUAGCUAAAUAAAGCAGUUUUAGUGUAUAGAUCAGGGGUAGGCAACCUUUUAGCAGCACUGUGCCGAUAUAGGAUUGUGAUGUCUCGUAGCGUGCGGUCCGUUAUUUAUUUAUUUAUUUUUUAAAUUGAGGUGUGUAUGCUGCUGUAUUCUGCUUGUGUUAUUUUUACUGUAAUUGCUUUGUGUCGUUGUAUAUGCAGGGCCGUCUUUAAUAUCGACUGGACCCUGGGCAAAGCAUGUAUGUUUUGUGUGUGGGCUGUCCGUACUAUCUGUAUGAGAGGAGGGUUAUUCUGCAUUUCUGUGUAUAUCUAGCAGUGUGGGUGACUUCGCUGGGUUCCAGUGGGGACCAUGCCGGCCAGGUACAUGUCAAGGACAGGAGCUGCAACAGCAACUGCGUGCUGCUCUACUACUGUGUGGAUUCCCAUUCAAAAGUGCUGGGAGGAAAUGAUCUGAGAUCACUUCCUCUACGUGCUGCAAUGCAUAAAUUGAGGAUUGUCCUUCACCACCUUUUCGGAUUAGCAGAUGUCUGAAGUUUUACUGGGACUCCUGAUAGGCCAGACCCUGUUUGGCUCUAGCAGCCGUGCAAAGGCACCUCGAGUGUGGCGUAGGUUGCCUACCCCUGGUAUAGAUCAUUCCCCUGCAAUUUCACUGCUCAAUUCUGUCAUUUAGGAGUUAAAUCACUUUGUUUCUGUUUAUGCAGCACUAGCCACACCUCCCCUGGCUAUGAUUGACAAAGCCUGCAUGGAAAAAAACUGGUUUCACUUUCAAACAGAUGUAAUUUACCUUAAAUAAUUGUAUCUCAAUCUCUAAAUUGAACUUUAAUCCCAUACAGGAGGCUCUUGCAGGGUCUAGAAAGCUAUUAACAUAGCAGGGGAUAAGAAAAUCUUAAUUAAACAGAACUUGCAAUAAAGAAAGCCUAAACAGGGCUCUCUUUACAGGAAGUGUUAAUGGAAGGCUGUGCAAGUCACAUGCAGGGAGGUGUGACUAGGGUUCAUAAACAAAGGGAUUUAACUCCUAAAUGGCAGAGGACUGAGCAGUGAGGCUGCAGGGGCAUGUUCUAUACACCAAAACUGCUUCAUUAAGCUAAAGUUGUUCAGGUGACUAUAGUGUCCCUUUCAUAGCAUCUGUGUGUACAUCCAUUAACUCACACCGCUGAUCACUAUACAUAGUGCUAUGGCCUAUGCUUGGAGUCUUUUUAUCCACCAGCAUUCACAUUAUAGCUGAUCUUGGAUGGUUACAGCAAGGAAAAACAACCAGCUUCUUUCUUGGCACAAGCCGCAACUGCCUUUAUUUUCACUUCACAUCAGGAUAUACAAACUACACUUCCCUUCCCUCAUCUGCAAGCCCACCUUGACAACAAAAGCCUACCUAGAUCGGCCAGGCAGAUAUCUCAGCAUGGGGGGAAGCUCCGCAUCUUGUGCCAUGUGACACAUUAAAGUCUUUUUGUCCUGCCAGCUUUGUCGUGAUGGGCAGCUUUAUACAUGUCUUAUCGCAGUUUCUAGUUAUUGACUCUUAAAGGCAUACAGUCCUGUAUAUCUGUAGAGCUUGAUAAAAUUGUAUGUUGACUGAUACAAGUCCAUCCAUAGUGUCAUAGUUAAUAGUACAAUUACAAAAUGGGUGAUAACUAUAUUGAUUUUAGUAUAUAUGUGCAAAUUAAUUUUUCAUUUCAGGAACAGUAGGUUAUGGGAAGUACAACUAUUUCUUAUAUACCAUAUAAAUAUAGGCAUUGAUCAGAUGUGUUUCCAAUACAAUAAAAAAUAAAACUUGACUGUUUCCUUAUGUGAAAACCAUAAUCUGCUACCUCUAAACUAAAAAGUAAAACUUUUAACUCUUUUUAUUACAAUAUUAAAAUAGAAUUUAAUGAAAGUGGAAUAACGCUAAUAAAUCCUAAUGCCUGCUUGAGGUAAUUACAUAUCCUUAUGACUAAACAAUGUAAAAAUAUUCAUAUACGUUGUAUGUAUUAAAAAAUCUAAGCAUAGAUCGCUAGCAAAAAUAACUCUGAAAAUAUUGAUAAAAAGAUCCUCUUAUGGCUAUAAAUGUAUAUUAUAGGAUAUUGGACCGUUCAAACGCUGCAUUUAAACCCAAGGAAAUAGUGUGUUUAAGUUGUUUAUCCAAAACAUCUCCUGAUCCGUGAGUUUCUUGUUUAGGACCUCCCUCCCCCCUUCAGGGUAAUGUAACCUGUUCUAUGCCAGGGCAGACUUGGCGCUGCCAUGUAAACAUUAAAUUGUAUGACCUGUUGCAACCAAAGCUUGCUGUAUUCCACCCCCGGCCUCCAUGGUGCUUUGUUUUUCACCAGUGCGUGUGAAUGCAAGAAUACUGAAAACACAUGGGUGCUAAGAUUGCAGGGAGCUCCAUCAGCAUCACUGAUAAACGACUCCUGGACCUUUAAAGUCCUGUUUGUGUGUCCAAACUCUGCUCCAUGCACUUAAAGUGCUUCACAUGUGUUUGCUGGGUGAAAGAACGAGGAACUGACACUAUUGGAGAAGUGGCAGUUCUUACACAUUCAGAGACUCUAGAGCAGGCUUCCCAAACUUCGACCCUCCAGAUGUUGCUGAACUGAAUAGUCUGAGAAUCAUGGGAGUUGUAGUUCAGCAACAUCUGGAGUGCCAGAGUUUGGGGAAGCCUGCUCUAGAGUCUCAUUAACCAACAAUAAAGCACAGUGGGAUUUGAAAUGGACUCUCCGUUUUGUGUUUACAAUAGAAUGUAAUCAGUGUGAAUGUAUUUCUCCAGUGCCUGUAACCACCCCUUCCCUCUUGUUUCUAUUCCUUUAGAAUGAGGAGACUUUGAAGAAAUGUGUUGAAGAUUACCAUUUAAGAAUCAAAAAGGAAGAGCAGCGGUAUCAAGCACUUAAAGCACACGCAGAAGAGAAAUUGAAUUGGUAACGGUUUUAACUUUUAAAAUUUGUGACUUUAGAGCUUUUGAACUCUGUAUUCCUGUGUACUAUUUAGUUUAUAAACACCAAUUCUUAUGUGAUGUGUAACUUUUAUUUUAUUUUUUUUAUUUUUUUUAUAUUAAAGUAAUUCUCUUUAUUGGAUUUGGUCUUCCUUUCAGCUGAAUUAAAUGACUUUGUUUCUCUUUAGUGCAAACGAAGAAAUUGCUCAAGUGCGAAAUAAAGCAAAGAGUGAGACAGUUGUUUUACAAUGCACCUUGCGUAAAGAGCAAAUGAAGAUCCAGUCACUGGAGCGCUCCCUGGAACAAAAGGCAAGUCUUAGAACAUCGUAACAUGUUGAUUCAUAUAGACUUUAACAGCUGGGGACCACUGAGCUGGACUAUAUAUCUUGAUUGGUGAUGGCUAACUUGCACAAUGACUGGGUAUCAUGGGAAAUGACCAAAUUGUCAUUGGUUUUCUUAGCCUGUCUCGUAAACUGUCAGAAUGAAUUCAUUGCAAAGAUCAAUAUGUUCUAUAAAUGCAGUAAUAUUUAAAUGCUCACUAGAUUAGUGGUGUUAAGCUGAUCUACUAGCGGCUUCCCCUAGGCCAGCCUUUGAACAGUCUUUAGUUUAAUAUUUUUGGUACAUCUUAAACAUGUUUGUAUUGGUGUCUGUCAUACAAGACAGAAUCCCAGUUUAUUAAUAAACCUUAACAUCAACCCUUCUUUUAAAAAAACAAAAAAACAAAAAAAAAACUGUAGUAAUGGCAUUCUGGGUGCAUGCAUCUCACAUUUUUCUUUUAUCUGGUUGUGUCACAGGUAUGUGUGUAUGCUCUGUAAUAUGUUAAACCUAAAAUCUUAUUCCUCUAUUCCUCUUUACAGGCAAAAGAAAUUGAGGAACUGACAAAAAUAUGCGAUGAUCUGAUAUUAAAAAUGGAGAAAAUCUGAUCUGUCUCCCCCAACUUUUUUAUUUCUAAAUUCUUCUAUUUUUUUUUCCUUCUGUUUUAUUGUAGCACACUUCAUUUCUAUGUUUGUCUAAUUAUGAAUGUCGAGAACUAAUAAAUUAAUUUAAAGAUA